AUGGGUGAUCUCCAAGUCGUCGGAGGAAUCAAGAAACUCAACAACAACAACUACAAAACGUGGGAAACAUGUAUGAAGUCCUACUUACAAGGACAAGAUCUAUGGGAGGUCGUUGGUGGAAGCGAAACUAUGCCACCAGAGGAAGACGUUAAUGGUACUUUGUGCAAAUGGAAAAUCAAAGCAGGAAAAGCAAUCUUUUCCUUGAAGACCACAAUCAAAGAAGAGAUGUUGGAGCAUAUUCAGGAUGAGAACACCCCGAAAGAAGCUUGGGACGCGUUUGUGAUGCUUUUCUUAAAGAAGAAUGAUACAAGACUACAACUUUUGGAGAACGAGCUAUUAUCAAUCUCACAACGUGACAUGACGAUUGCUCAAUAUUUCCACAAGGUCAAGUCGAUAUGUCGGGAGAUUACUGAACUAGAUCCGCAAUCCAUCAUUGCAGAAGCUCGAAUGAAAAGGAUCAUUAUCCAUGGACUGAGGCCGGAAUAUAAAAGCUUUGUUACUGUUGUACAAGGAUGGCCCGUUCAAGCAUCACUUGUAGAGUUUGAGAAUUUGUUGGCCAGCCAAGAAGCUAUGGCUAAGCAAAUGGGAGGCAUCACAUUGAAGAGUGAAGAAUAA